CAUACAUAGACACAUAAAAAGAGGCAGAUAGUCAAAUACCAUAGUUGAAAACAACACAAUAACAACUUAAAGGUUUCUGCAGACUGAAGUUACAGUUUAUAAUGUCUCCCUUUCAACAACACGUCAUAUUUAAUCUCAAAUAGUAAUUAUACCCUGUCCUUCUAUACAGGUGUUUCUUUCUGAUCAUUUUCAUACUUGUUUUGUAGGUUAUUUUUAAACUUUUUUAAAAAACUAACAUAAGUGUCGUAAAUGUCUUCAGUUCCUCACUACAGCUGUUCAAAGAAUAAGUCAUCACCGACCUUUAAGUUUUAAAAACGAAAGCAAACUGCCAGUUUUCUUUUUACGGGCACCUGAACAGGUAUUUCCACCGACAAGGCAAAACGUCUGACAAUUCAUCAUGUCAGCCAAAGACACAGUGAGACGUAAUAAAACAGCCAUUCUAGAGACUUUGUGUGGAGACCAAAAGCUGAUCCUCAACAAGGUUUAUGAGAAGAAACUUAUAACUCUGCGUGAGUACAACAACCUUAAAAGCAUCAACAGAGAAGAUGUAGAGGGGCACGUCAUUGCACUUGUGGAUAAGAUCAUGGAUAAAGGAGAGGACACCUGCCGAGACUUCCUGAACCUCCUGCAAACCGAUGAGGACGUGAAGACGACUUUCCCAGACUUGAAGAACAUACAAAAGAAUGACACCUGCCGUUUACCUUUGCCUGUCCAAGCAACUCGUUCAGUUAACAGUGAUGGUCCUUCACAAGAGAGCAAAAGGCGGAAGGAGGACGACCAGUAUCAGUUGAACGGCCAUCCUGUCGGCCUCUGUGUGAUCAUAAACAACGAGAAUUUCAUGGAUGGCAGAGUGAGAAGAGGAACCGACAAAGAUGCUCGAAGUUUGGCAGAGGUGUUCAGCUGGCUGGGCUUCAGAGUGCUGAUGUGUAAAGAUCAAACCAGGGACCAGAUGGAUCGUGCACUGAAAGUCUUUGCCUCUCUGGACGACGUCUCUCAGCUGCAGGAGUUCAACGUAGAGGAGUGGUCUGGCAGUGGAUUCACUGGUCUUCAGGAGGCUCCUAAACAUGGCGAUGCCUUCAUCUGCUGUGUUCUGAGUCACGGAUUACUGGGUGUUGUUUCAGGGACUGAUUGCGAGCACCUCUCCAUUAAACAAAUGACUACAACAUUCAAGGCGACAGAUCACUCAGCUCUCACUGGCAAGCCCAAAGUGUUCCUGAUCCAGUCCUGCCAGGGGGAGGAUCCACAGCCAGGAGUGUUAUCACCAGAUCUGCAGGCUGACGAUUCUGAAUCAAUGUUCAUCCCUCGGGAAGCCGAUUUUCUGGUUGCCAUUGCCACUGUUGAAGAUUAUGUAUCAAUGAGACAUAUAAUUGAUGGGAGCUGGUUUAUCCAGUCUGUGUGUCAGCAGUUAAAGGAGGGCUGUCUGAGGGGUGAGGACGCCGUCACAAUCCUUCACCGUGUCAACAGUGAAGUAAGCCAGAAAGAGGGCUCCCGUAACCUAGGUAAAGCCAAGCAGAUGCCUGAAGUUAGGUUCACGCUGAGGAAGAAACUUGUGUUGUCACCACAUGACAACUGAAGCUUCAUCUCCACAAAUCUUGCAAACACAUUAUGUCUCAUGUCUUAAAUUAGGCAUGUGUUUUCUUAAAAUUGAUCUUUUAUCUUUCUUUGUCACUGUAAAGCUUUUAUUUUUUAAUCAUCACAUUGAAUCAUUGCCUUUUAAAUUGUAGGCCUAUAUUGUUUUAAUAAACCUUUUAACUUUGAA